AUGGAAAGUUCUAUAACUGAACAUGAUUUACAUAAAUCUUUUCGAUCGCCACCCCGGCGAAGAAGAUCAACGUUCUUUGAGAGGAGAGAUUCUUUGGUUCCGCAACCAUUGUCAGAAAAUGUCGAUCUUAAUUUGUGCAUAAAGGCUACAGAUAACAAAGAAAAACAUAAUCAAGACCUCCUUAGAUAUUACAAUAAACUCUUAGAUGAGAAAGAACAGUGGAAGAAAGAAGUAAAAAAUAGGAGAAACAAAUAUCAUGAUUUAAAACAGCAGUAUCAAAUAGCAGCAAAAGCGCCUAACAGGUCUAGGCUGUCCUACUCUGCAUUAUCAAAUGAUGAUAUAGAAUUCUUAAAGGCAAAAGUUGGUAUAUCCAAAUUAGUGGAUAGCCAAUUGAAAUUACACAAAUCAAUUAAACAGACAUAUGCACUAUUUAGAAGAGCAACAGAACUUGAUGAUAUUAUUCUGAGUAAUAGUGAAGAUAAAGUGAAAAAAAUAACAGAGCAUAUUCUUGAUAAUAGCACACUAGAACCGGAUGUAUAA